CUCUCCUUCUUCCUCCUCCUCCUCCUCCUCUCGUCUCAGGACCAGGCUGAGGUCUGAUUUCAUUUCCUGAUUGAUUAUUUUCUGCUGCUUUUUCUUCUCAGCUCCGGCUGCAGCCCCUGUUUAUGGGAAGAGCUGCAUUCUGAAGAUUGGAAAUGAAUUGCCAUAUGGACAACCUGCAGCGACACAGAAAGCAUUGGAGCAAAUCUUUUUUUUAGAAGAGAGAAUCCAGGCCUUUUGGUCUAAUGUCAUCAGCCUAAACAUUGCGGCUUUUCAAAAAAUGAACUGAAAGACAUCAGGCAUGGAAACCAUCUGUUGAACUUCCAGUAUGCAAGCAGAUCACACAAGUUGCUGUCUAGGUGAAAACCAACUAUGACCAGCUUAGAGAAGUCCUUGCUGUAGUAACCAAAGAAUAAGAUUUGGCACUCAAGGGGAAACACCAGCUCCAAGCCAAACUGGAGAACUUAGAGCAAGUCCUAAAGCAUAUGCGAGAGGCUGCUGAACGGCGGCAACAGCUGGAAUUGGAGCAUGAACAGGCCUUGGCUAUUCUCAACUCAAAACAGAAGGAAAUUGAACUCUUGCAAAAGGCUCAGGUUGAAGCUAAGAAAGAACAUGAAGGAGCGAUUCAACUGCUAGAGGCCAAGGUUUGUGAACUAGAGGAGAAAUGUCGGACGCAGAGUGAGCAGUUCAACCUCCUCUCCAAGGAACUGGAAAGGUUUCGGCAACAAGCUGGGAAGUUUGAUCUUCUAGGGAGUAACUUGUUGCCUUCCUCAGCUAUUCCUGGAUCUCCCAGCAAAUCUUUAGCCCAGUUGAUGAAUGGAAUUGCCACCUCUUUGGGCCAAGAUCAUGAAAGUCCCUCCCGAGGCCACUUUGUGAUCUCUGAGUAUACACGUCCCCUGCAGCUGUCUGGUGACAAACCAGAACAACUCUCCAUCAAACCAACUUUCCUGAUCCGCUCACGCUCUGGCAGCCCAAGAUGCAGAUUUGAAUCAGACAUGGAGAAUGAACAGAAUUCUAAUACCUCAAAGCAGAGAUAUUCGGGAAAAGUCCAUCUUUGCAUUGCCCGAUACAGUUACAAUCCAUUUGAUGGGCCCAAUGAAAAUCCUGAAGCGGAACUUCCUCUUACAGCAGGAAAAUACCUCUAUGUGUAUGGAGACAUGGAUGAAGAUGGCUUUUUUGAAGGUGAACUUCUAGAUGGACAGAGAGGUCUGGUUCCAUCCAAUUUUGUGGAUUUUGCGCAGGAUGAGUCCCGUUUCUCAAGCGGGUUGGGCAGUGAGCAAGAGCAGAAUUUCAUCAACCACAGUAGUCACGUGGUGGAAGGAGAAGGCCUUCAGGAUAUCAACCUACCGGUCCAGUUAGAGUCUGGCAUCCUCAAUAAUGGUGCAGGAUCCCUGGAUGUGAACAUUGACGAAAUUGGAGAAGACAUUGUGCCUUACCCUAGAAAAAUUACCCUUAUCAAACAAUUAGCCAAAAGUGUUAUUGUGGGCUGGGAACCUCCAGUCGUGCCACCUGGAUGGGGAACCAUUCAUAGCUACAAUGUCCUGGUAGACAAGGAAAUACGAAUGAACGUCUCCUUGGGGAGCAGAACUAAAGCACUCAUAGAAAAACUUAACAUUGCUACUUGCACAUAUCGAAUAUCAGUUCAAAGUAUAACCAGCAGGGGCAAUUCCGAUGAACUGCAGUGCACCUUGUUGGUUGGAAAGGAUGUAAUUGUGGCACCUUCCCUCCUUAAGGUCGACAAUAUCACCCAGAUUUCGGCGGAGGUCAGCUGGCUUCCAACUAACAGCAAUUACAGUCAUGUGAUCUUCCUCAAUGAAGAAGAGUUCGACAUUGUCAGGGCUGCCAGAUAUAAGUAUCAGUUUUUUAACUUGAAACCCAAUAUGGCCUACAAGGUCAAAGUUUUGGCCAAGCCCCAUCAGAUGCCCUGGCAGCUCCCUUUGGAGCAACGUGAAAAAAAAGAAGCUUUCAUAGAAUUUUCGACCUUGCCAGCAGGUCCACCUGCUCCACCUCAAGACAUACGAAUUCAAGCUGGUCCAACACCAGGAACUAUCUUGGUUUCUUGGAAGCCACCAGUUCUCACAGCAGCGGGGACCUCUAAUGGAGCCAAUGUGACUGGCUAUGGUAUUUAUGCAAAAGGUCAAAGGGUGGCCGAAGUGAUUUUUCCAACUGCAGAAAACACAACUGUGGCACUCACAAAAAUCCAGAACCUGAAUGCCAGGGAAGUUCUUGUCCGGACACUGUCUGUCCAAGGAGAGUCCAUGGACUCGUUGAGUGCUGCUAUCCCACCUGACCUACUGGUGCCUCCAACCCCUCACCCUCAGCCAGCUCCCAAAUCUAAGCCAUUAUCAAGUGCCAGUACCCCAGAUACCAAAGACGAACAUUUGUGUCCACACGGAAAAAGGGACGAAUCGUGGGAACAGGCCCGUGCGACCUCUCCUAUCCAUGGGCACUCCUUGGAACCUCCCAACUUCCACAGCCCACUCCAUGGGCGGCGGUCACCAUCUCCAAAUCGGAUCCUUCCACAGCCACAAGGCACACCUGUCCCUAACACAGUAGCCAAGGCCAUGGCCCGAGAAGCUGCUCAACGGGUGGCCGCCGAAGGCAACAUGCUGGAGAGGAGGGGCACAUUUCCAGAAAGGAGCAACGCGUUGCAGUACGCCAACUCGGACGAGGAAGAGGAUGGCUACGACUCACCCCGGGUCAAACGGAGAGGUGCUUCAGUGGAUGAGUUUUUGAAAGGCUCUGAGCUGGGGAAACAGCCCCACUAUUGCCAUGGGGAGGAAUAUCACACGGAAAGCAGCCGGGGCUCUGAUCUGUCUGACAUCAUGGAAGAAGAUGAGGAAGAAUUGUACUCAGAGAUGCAACUGGAGGAUGGUGGGCGGAGACGAGUUAGUAUAACGUCGCAUAACACCCUGAAGGAAUGCUAUCAGAAUAAAACCACUGAAACAGCUUUCUUGGAGCAUACCAAUUUUGCCCACCGCAGUAAAAAACUUUUCAGUAUCCCUGAAGUAGCCGAAGAGGAUGGCGAUUAUUCUGAACUUUUGUACAAGCAGGGCAUAGGGAGGCCCCACCAAAUCCGAAGCACAAUAGCUAGAGAGGGUAGAUUAAUCAAGACGUACCAUCAGGAGCAUCCCGCUAAGCCACGGAUUUUGGAGGACGCCGAUGAGCGAGGCUGCAGAUCUGGCAGGUCUUCCACCCGGAGCCCCGAUAGUGGCUUGGACUGUGGCAGUGAAGAAGAAGAGUCCCGCUUUACCUUCCCCCAAAUGCACGAGACCCUCACUGCCCGUAUGGCCCCGGCCGGUUGUCUGGAUGAUGAGAGCUGUUCAUCAUCCUCACGGCCACUGCUGGCCCGCCGGAGGACCCUGAUCCGGCAGAGUAGCAUUGAAGAAGACUUUGGAGACCCUGUCUGGCCAGUUCUGGAGUCCCCCAGCCCAGAGGGCAAGCCAGUUUGUUACGAGAGGAAGCACGAUUCUCAGAGAUGUAGUAGGGCAGAACAUUUGACCCAUGGAGAUAUUCAGGGAGGCUGGAGUAGCCCCUUGAAAGAGAAUGAAACAAGGCUAACUUCUCUUCCACAUUCAAGGGAUCCUUACAGAAGGUCUGAAGGCCCACUGCUCUUAGGUAACCCAACAUCCUCCAGGCGGCCGGACCGAGGGGAGCAUCUAGGUCCAAGAUUACCUCGUGGCAGCUCAAGUUCACGAAGGUCACAUCCCAUUCUGGUCCCUCCUAUUGAUGGGUACAGUAGUCGUGACCGUCUGUCUCCAGAGAUUUAUGAAGAAUCAGAAACUGAUCCUGGAGCAGAAGAGAUGUCCACACGCAUCUUUGUCGCCCUCUUUGAUUAUGACCCACUGACCAUGUCUCCAAAUCCUGAUGCAACAGAAGAACUUCCAUUUAAAGAAGGACAAAUUAUCAAGGUUUAUGGGGACAAAGAUGCUGAUGGGUUCUACCGGGGAGAAACCUGUGCAAGACUGGGCCUUAUUCCUUGCAAUAUGGUUUCUGAAAUUCAGGCUGACGAUCAAGAAAUGAUGGAGCAGCUUCUGAAGCAAGGGUUUCUCCCUCUCAAUACCCCCAUAGAGAAAAUUGAAAGGAACAGAAGAAGUAGCCGUCCACCUGGGUCAUCCACAAGAAGAAUGGUUGCAUUAUAUGAUUACGAUCCAAGGGAAAGCUCUCCUAAUGUUGAUGUGGAGGCUGAGCUCACAUUUUGUACAGGAGACAUUAUUACAGUCUUCGGAGAAAUUGAUGAAGAUGGCUUUUAUUAUGGGGAACUUAACUGCCAGACGGGUCUUGUUCCUUCAAAUUUUCUUGAAGAAGUGCCUGAUGAUGUUGACGUCUACUUAUCUGAUGCUCCAUCGCGAUACCCUCAAGAUGCGCCAAUACGUACAAAAGCAAAAAGGGUUCCUCCUGAGAAUACAGGUACACCAAGGAGGGCACCAACCCCCGCAGUCCAUCUCCACUCGGGGUCACCUACGCCAACUGUGGGUUCUGGUGGUCUCGGGAGAGGCAGGGAAUUCUCUUCGAAAAAGAAAAAGGGGCUCCUUUCCAAGGGGAAGAAACUUCUGAAAAGACUGGGUGCCGUGAAAUGAUUUUGCGUUCUUCUGGACGUCCUGUAAAAAUCUUCAGACUUUUUUCUUUUUUUUUUUUAAACAAAACAAAAAACAUAGACCUAUACAGACCGAAAUAGAAAUGUCCAAAACUAGGGAUUUCAUGACUAUCUUCAGCGCCUUUCUAGAAACAGAACCUGCCCCCCUUUUAUUAAGUGCGUUCUGUUGUUUCCAGAAACCUGUCUGGAUUGGUCUCGAAGCAUUAACAGUGCUGCUUAAAAGCAUUUUGCUAACGUGCUUUUCAAAACAAAAAUUAAAGAGGAGAAGAUGGGAUUAAGGAGCUUAACCUGCACCAACCCCUUUACCCUAAGGGACUUCACUUCCUAUUUCCACUUUUAGCCCAACACCUCCCUUAAAGUGGAGAGAAAAAAAAAACUUUGUUUUUGAUCCCCGUUAUUUGUUCACCACCUUACGCAUAAAUGGUCUUGAAACUCCUAGUUUGUUCUGCCUUGAUGUUUGCCUUAUAAAUGCACAAUUAUUUGUACUGUCUGAACUAUACAGCGUAAAGUUUCUCUGUACUAAUGUAUUGACCUGUGGUUCCAUUCUCACCGAGACGCAGAUCAUUUAAACGCGAUUGACUCCGCUCGUGUCUGAUAUAAUUCUUGGGAGUUUGAAACUGUUGUGCAAAGGUUCAUUUUUUUCCACCAUCUGUGUUAGCUCUGCUGUUCAGCCUCUCAAGUACACUAAAAAAAUAAAAUAAAAUAAAAUAAAAUAAACCGAUGACCGCAGAAACAAACGUGCAUUUCAAAAUGCAGAUUCAAGGUGGGCGCUGAUUUGGGUUCCCAUAUGGUUGAUCUCCGAAGGAUGUUUGAGUCAGACACAGAGAAGGAAGUCCUACAAAACAGUUGCAUUAUUCACUGGCCACGGCUAGCCAGAAUUAGAAGGCUGAAUUUGUCACGUAUGACCCCUAAUUGUGACCGGAGAGAAAUAUAUGGAGACACACAGCAACCGUAUACUGGCUGGGGGAAGAGAUAUUUGGCUGUUAACACUUUUGUAACCAUUUAUAAAUUCUUUUUACUGUUUAUACAUACUUUUCAGACUGCCUUUGUUUUAUAAUUGAUGGAAGGUUUGUAAUAUGAAUGAUCAGAGCUUUUCCCCAUUGUGUCUUCAAAGAAAUAUAAUGUAAAUUCUUGUAAAAUAAUAUAGUGUACUAGAUUUAUGUAAUUAAAGGGACAAAAACAUGGCCUAAACUCGUGGUAAAGUAUUGUGUGGGCGUGUGCAUGUGUA